CACCAUCGCCCUUUCAUGUGCUUUACGUCAAAAAGCACGUCGCACAUAAAUAUUUUUGUUUGUUAAAACCAUGGCGAAAUCACUCAGAAGCAGGUGGAAGCGGAAAUGCAGGGCGAUAAAACGCGAACGCUACGCCGUGAAAGAACUAGCGCGACUAAAGAAGAUGUUAGGAGUAAAAGAUGAAGAAAAACCAGAAAGUACCACGGCCACCACGGGUGAGGUUAUGGAGACCGAUCAAGUUAUAUUUUUGGACGCUGGAGCUCUAACUAAGAAAGCGAAGAAGAAACAAAAGGCAAAGGAAGCAGCUGAAACAGUCAAAGACGACGAAGAGGAUGUAGAAAUGAGUUCGGAUGACGAAAAUGUCGUUGUAGAAGAUGACGGGAAAAAGCGUGUUUUUAGCACGAAAACACUCAAGGAUCAAAACGGACAAUACCCGGUAUGGCUACACAAGAGGAAAAUCGCUAAAAUCACGAAAACCGGCAAGAAAAAUAGCAAGAAAAGGUCUAAGAAGCGAAAACGUGUUUAAUAAAUAUGUAUAUGUAAA